AUGGAAGAGAUGUCAGUUUUCUGGAGUGAGGUAUGGGUCGGGAGAAGUCCACUCAAGGUUUUAUUUCCUAGACUUUUUCAGUUGAGCUUUGAUAAAAAAAUCAGUGUGGAGGGAAUGGGGAAGAGGGAGGGGGAAGGUUGGGAGUGGGAUCUCAAAUGGCGAAGGGAAUUGCGUGAGAGGGAGAAGGUGAUGGUGAAUGACUUGAUGUCUGUGAUUGGUUGUAUUUCUCCAUGCUUUGAUUACAGGGACAGCUGGAAAUGGUGUGGCACAGCAGAUGGUGUGUUCUCAACAAAAGCAGCUUAUGCGGAAUGUGCUAAAGCUAAAGGUGUCCAAUCGGGAGAGUGCGCAGAGGAGAUUGCUCAAAUUUGGUCGGCUUUGGCACCACAUAAGGCAAGAGUGACGACAUGGAGAGUUGUUUGUAACAGAUUACCAACUUGUCAUAACCUGAUCAAAAGAAGAGUCCCGAUCGGAGAGGAAGAGAAAGGGUGUAAUGCGUGUAUGACGAGGGAGGAAACUACUGAUCAUAUUUUUCUCCAUUGUCCGAAGACCGAUCUGGUUUGGGAUCAGAUUCAACAAUGGAUCAAAAUCGAGACGGCAAAGCCAAAAAGUAUUGUUGAUCAUUUCAAAUCGUUCAUCGGAGUGGGUAAAGGUAAGAAUACCAGGAAGUUUCUUCUUGCUCUUUGGAUUGGAACUAUUUGGUUGUUGUGGAAAUAUAGGAACGAUAGUAGAUGGGAGAACAAACAUUGGGGAGUGCUCUCUCUUGUUAAUGAUAUCAAAAGUAGGAUGUGGAGUUGGAAUAAGUUGUAUCACUUUGUGGAGGCAAAUGUUCCUUUUUCCAUGUGGUGCUCCAAUGAGUAUUCACCUCUGGCUUGA